AUGAGCAACCAGGGAUCAUCUCAAGUUCCCAGUGCCACCGUUGCCAUUGGCAAUCUCAGAUUAUUGGAUCUCAGCUUUCUGAAUGCACCUAGUGGAACAACUCCUUCGUCCUCGGCAUCCUCGAUAGAUGCAAAUCGGAGGAAUAACUCUGUUGUUUCCAGACCUGCCAGUAUCAAUUAUGCGAGUUCACAAGUUCAGAAACGAACGGUUUACAGUUGUGUGAGUUAGUUUUCAUAGAAAUUAUUUUGUGGAUUCAGACGACCAGGAAUGAAAAUCGACCGUUGGUGCUUCCGAAGGUUGCUCACAAGCCCAAGGUUAACAGUAAAUUCCCAUUUGAUGGAGAGUAUCUGAUCUCUCAGGAAAGAAAACCGCCGCCGAGAGACCUGGAAGAUGAUUUGGCUCAAUUCAGGGUUAGUUUCGGUACCGAAAUCAACACCUUCCUUUAGUGCACUUGGCAAGGGUGUGGUAAACGAGUGUCUACGAACAUAAACUUUAUUUACCACAUCUGGGCGCAUAUCAUUCAUGACAAGGAGGGCGAGUGUGAUGUGGAUAAGGCGAUUGAUCUACAGUUCUUUGACAAACCAGUCGAUACAAAGGGAAAGGCUAAAAUCAGAAAUCACAACUUCUGUGUAUAUUGUUUGUCCACGUUCCCAACUCACAAAGAUAUGAUAGAUCAUGUCCUCCUUCACAGUAAGAGAUCUUCAGGCGAGAAGAAAGAAGUUCUCUUAUGUCAUAUUUGUGAGAGGGGUGUUCCUUUGGCCGAAAUGAAGAGUCAUGUGGAUGUCCAUGGGUUCAACGAUCUACCAUAUGGUUGUGAAACUUGUCGUUUCAAGACCUCUUCAAGACAAGCCUUACUCAGGCAUUUUGAAAGGAAGCACAAUAAUAGUGUAGUACUCUUGUGCCCCUUUUGUAUGAUGGUGUUUAACACUAAAAAGCAUUAUUCUAAGGGGAGGAGAGUAUUCAUCAAGGCGGAUUUCUUCAUCGAUCAUCUCAAAGAACAUGUGGAAUGUAGGGUUGAUAUAUUUACAGUCCAAUCUUCUUUUAGGGAGUAACUAUCGGGCGAAAUGCAAAAGAUGUGCUUGUAAAUUUGCAUCCACGGAACAUUCAGAGUUGGAGAAGAAGAUGAACGAGCACAAGUCAGUCCAUAGUUACAAUAAGAACAGAAUUGAGGAAAGAAGUAGGCUUUGAAAUAUACUUGCUCAUAUAGUUUUAGGUAUGCUUCUUUUGAACUACGAGAUGAAGAGUAAGCGGUCGGCUAGAUUGAAUGCCAUUCCAACUCAGUGUCCUGAUUGCAAUUGUUACUUCAAAACGGCUGAAAGCCACUUUGAAAAGGAGCUAAAGUACGUGUGAUAAUUAUCCAUGUGUUGAUUUUUAGGCAUUGUGAAAAUCCUGGUUGUGGAUAUAGUACCGCAUGUGUUGUGGGAGUGCGACAGCAUAAAGCGUUGUGUCCGCUUGGUCCUGAGGAAUCCCUAAGGAUUCCAUUUGGAAGGAAGUCUCUAAAAGACGAAGAAAAGGGAUCGAUUCAUGCUGAAAGAUUGGAAUUUAAUUGUUCAAGAGAUUGUGGUUUCAAAACUCAGAACUCCCAUCAGAUGGCGAAUCAUCUGAACAGGGAUUGUGUUGGAGCUUCUGCGAUGUCUUCAGUUUCUACCAAACCAAAGAUUGUAAAGGAAGGAAAUCUGAGCAGAUCCGAAGAAGCUGAGGUGGAACAUUUUGCUCUUAAGUCAUCUUUGGAAGGUCGAAAGCGAGGUUUAUCCCCUGAUAUUCCUCCCCAUCCUCUGGCUGAUUCUCUUAUCUCUUGUCUGGGAGCGAAAAAAUUCAAAAGUAUUCUCAAAUCUCAACGUCAUUUCAAAUCUGUGGAAGUAAAAGACAAAGAAUAUGUUAAGGAGUCCAAGAUUGGAUCUCUCUUCUUGUAAGUUGUUUCCAAUUGAUGUUUGGAUGUGCAAUAUGCCGAUUUUUUAUCCAUAGUUUCAGGUUUAACGAAACCAAAGUAACGCCUUCCGACAUCGCAAACAAACUUAUUCCUUAUUAG